AUGGAAUUUAUUAAACGUGCUGGAGCUACUAUUUCUUUCCUUAAAAAUUGUUCUCCACUUUUUGGGGGAAAGAGAAAUAUUUAUGCUAGUUGGAUGAAAUGUAGCAGUAAAGCUGCAGCUUCUCAACAAUUUGAAACGACUACUAAUAAUUUAGAACUUCCUGAAUUUAUAAGAGAAAAAUUAGAAGAUCUUCAAACAGAGAUUGUGUUGUCACUUUUGACACAUGAUGAUAAUACAAUUGGAUCUUUUGGUUCAUCAACUAACUCUUCCAUAGACAAAGGAAAUAAUUUUACAAGAAAUUUAGAAAAUAUGGCAAGGCAUUAUUUUAAUCAAGGAGGAAAAUUAUUUCGGCCAAAAGUUUCUUUAAUGAUGGCUAAUGCUAUGAAUCAACAUACUGGAAAUGGAGAAUUGAUUUCAUUAAAUCAAUAUAGAAUCUCAAUAGUUUCAGAAAUGAUUCAUACAGCUUCUCUUGUUCACGAUGAUGUUAUUGAUAAAAGUGAUAUAAGAAGGGGUACCCCAACAGUUAAUGCUUUAUGGGGUAAUAAAAUGGCUGUAUUGGUAGGAGAUUAUAUUUUAGCAAAAGCUACACAAAUUCUAUGUAGUAUUGGAAAUCCUGUUGUAAUAUCUACAAUGGCAAAAAUUAUUGAAGAUCUAGUACAAGGGGAAUUUAUGCAAAUUAAUAGUAAUAAUUCAUCAAAUAAAGAUAACGCUGAAGUUAGAUUUCAGCAUUAUUUAAUGAAAAAUUUUUAUAAAACGGGAAGUUUAUUUGCCCAUAGUUGUAAAUCUGUAGCAAUACUAGCUGGGUGUAAUGAAAAAGAUCAAACAAAUGCUUUUGAAUAUGGUAAAAGUCUGGGACUUGCAUUUCAGUUAAUAGAUGAUAUAUUAGAUUUUUCUGCAACAAGUGAAACUUUAGGAAAACCUGCAGGAAAUGACUUGAAACAAGGUCUUGCAACUGGACCUGUUUUAUAUGCAGCUUUAAAGUAUCCAGAAUUAAAUGUUUUAAUAAAUAGGAAGUUUUCACAAGAAGGUGAUGUAAAAAAAGCUUGGGAAAUAGUAAUGGUUUCUGAUGGUUUAGAAAAAACAAGAGAAUUAGCAGAACGUUAUUGCCUUUCAGCAGUUAGGAUUGCUAGAAGUUUACCAAAUAAUUUUCAAAUGAGUGAACGGCUGGCAGAUGUUGCUAUAAAUCAGAUUAACAGACAAAAUUGA